GUGUGAUGAAAACAAACUUUCUGAGCAAUAAUGUGUACUGUGCAUAAACAGAUCGACGGAUGAAAAGUGACCCGAAAAGGUGUCGCCGGUAAUUCUAAUUUCUAAGAAGAUCUGCAAUCUGACGAUAGACAUUUCUCAAUGAGUUGACAAGGUCAGGAUGAGCAUCAGGGCUGUGUGGGUUUUACCGCUACCAGGUAAUGGACCAGAAGGCAUUGUCUUUAUCAAGAAAUAUCCAACAGUAGAGAAGAGAGCAUUGGUCUUCACUGGUACUCAAGAUCAUGUCCACGUCCCACCUGAGAAUCUCUUGUAUGAUGCCACAUUGGAGGAACUGGGACUAAAACAUCCAAGUACAAAGUAUGUAGAGUCAAGAGACACGUGUGAGAAACAAUUCCAGAAGCCUGUCUUUGAGGUCAAGGUGCCUGGAGGCAAACUUUGGCCGGUGGUUAUCAUUGAAAAGUUUGGUCUCCUGUUUUGCUGUUUGCCUCUAGUUGAGCAGGGAUGUGAACCAAGGCCACCUCUCAUCAGCAUACUCGGCAUCUCCCUGGGAUUCUCCCUGCUGGGAGCUAUGGCUGACUUUAUGGGACCUUUACCUAGAGAUUUCACCACAUCCCACCCCAAGCUGUUGGAGCUGUUAUCCUAUAUGUGUCAAGCAGCCCCAUUUGGAACCCUGAUUGACAUCAAUCCAGUCACUGUCAGAGAAGCAUUACAGAACAAACACUCUACACAGCUGGUAUCCACACACACUAAGCAACCAGCUUGGCGACCAAUCCUGACCACGGGCAAAGCGGUUUUACAAUUCUCCAUUAAUGAACAAGUGAGGGCAGUGUUGUAUAACAGCGAUAACAUGGAGGACGUGUGCAACGUAUAUGGAACAAUAUCAUGCAAGGCCGAUUUAGAGGGAGUGAAUCCAGAGGUGACUGUGACACUGACUGUGCCAAAUGACUCCCCACCCUUGGAUAAUCUCAUGGUCCACCCUUGUGUCCAGGGUGGUGACACACGGCUCCUUGAAUCAGGUUCACCUGGAACAACAACUCCCAAAAUGCCAAAGCGAAGCCUACGCUUCAUGCCACCGAGGGAGGGCUUCACCCUGGGGUACUACACGUCUUCCGCCUCCUUCAUGACUCCGCCCAUCACCGCCUCCUACCACAUGAAGGGCAAUGAGAGGGAAGUCAAUCUCCUGGUCAAGGUUAAACUCAAUGCUAAGGUCAGGAAUGCCAUGGAGUAUUGUGAGGUGCAGCUGCCAUUCUAUAACAGAGGCAUCAUCUCUGACAUCAACGUCACACCAAGCUCCGGUAACGUGGUUCUACCCACAGACAGACGCCGAUUGGGGUGGAAUCUUGGCCAGAAGUUUCCCUCAAAGACCCUGGAGGCAACACUCCAAGCUAAGGUGCAGUUUGAAGAGUACAAUGAGAAGAAGCAGGCUCCUGGAACGUACGAGGAUCCGUUUUGCGUGGGCCUCAAUACAUAUGCCUCAAUAUACUUCAAGGUACCAGACUUCACAUAUACAGGAUGUCAGAUUGAUCCAAGAUCAGUUCAAAUACAACCGAGUGCAAAACCUAAAGUGACACUAGCUAAAGAGUUUGUAACGGCUGAGUACAAAGUUUGGAAUUCCCAUGGUGAUGCCCAGGCAGUGUUUCCUGUGCCUAAGUAUCUCAAGCAAUGAAACUGGUGGUCUGGAAAUCAUCGCUCAAUAACUAGAAAUAAUGGUGGCCAAG